AGAACGUUGGACAAAGUUGAUCAGAUAGAAUAGUGUUGUGCAAGCCCAAUACAGAACGCCGAGCUGUGUGUGCCUGACUGAACACAGAGAUGAAUAUGGCCAUGUUCCUUCCAUCCUUUAUUUUCUGCAGUUCUGUUCUUUUCAUCUUGACAUUCCCAAACUUCGCCAGCACGACAACAACAAUGGAUCCGACCAGCAAACAGUUGUUUAGGUUGUACCUGGCUAAUGUCACCUGCCAAAAGCGGAUUGCUGACACGAGGGUCCCUUCAACAGGAAUCUACUGCAACAUGACGUUUGACAAUAUCAUGUGCUGGCCUUACACACCUGCAGGAACUGUUGCUAGGCAACGAUGUGCUGACUAUGUGCAUAACUUUAUGACUUCAGCCUACGUCACUCGGCGUUGUAUGGAGGACGGGACCUGGUGGUUCAACCCGCAGGAGAACAAUACGUGGAGCAACUACACCGCCUGCGUGCCACGGCCGCCCAAACAAGUGGAUCCCCUCAUCAAGGAGCACAUAGAGAUAGUGAUGCUGAUCUCCAGGCUCGGCUACAGCAUAUCCCUGGCCAUACUCCUCCUCGCCAUCGUGUUGAUGCUCAUCUUCAGGAGACUACACUGUCAGCGGAACAUCCUCCACGUCAACCUAUUCGUCUCGUUUGCCCUGCGCUCCAUGCUGUGCCUGUUGAUGGAGACGGUGCAAGGGACGGGGACGGAUGUGGAGUCGCGGCAGGCGGGGUCGUCGCCCUCAGUACAGGAGACCCACUGGGAAUGCAAGCUUCUGUUCACCCUCCUUCACUAUGCUCUGGGGGCCAACUACAUGUGGAUCUUCGUAGAGGGUCUCUAUCUUCACACACUCAUCAUUCUAGCUGUGUUCUCACACAAGCGCGUCUUCAAGUGGUACAUACUUCUCGGCUGGCUGUCGCCAUUGCUGUUCGUCAUCCCGUGGGUCAUCGUCAGAGUCUACCUGGACAACACUCUAUGCUGGAACACCCACGAAGGAGGCUACUACUGGAUACUUAAGGCGCCGAUAAUAGCAUCAAUAUUCGUGAAUUUCUUCUUCUUCAUCAACAUCAUCCGGGUCCUGUUCACGAAGCUGAUGGCCAACAACGCCCGCGACCCUCGUCGCUACAGGAAACUGGCCAAAUCCACUCUGGUCCUGAUCCCUCUGUUCGGCGUCCACUACAUCAUCUUCAUCAUCAUCCCAGACGAACUGGCGCCACAACUCAAACUUAUCAAGUUCUAUACAGAGACCAUCUUCAAUUCCUUCCAGGGAGUCAUCGUUGCCUUUUUGUUCUGUUUCCUAAAUGGAGAGGUCCGGGCGGAAAUAAAGAAGAAAUGGGUACGGCAUCGACUGCGAAACGACAGCACUUUGUGCAGCGGUCGGUCGUCAAGGGCGUAUUCCUCCGCGUCCUUCUUCACCCGAUACCGUGGUUCACUGACACAGAACAUCGCAAUGUCGGACAUUGGUCAGUCAUUUACCUCCUCCGUCAACGGUGACAUCACGCAGGACAUUGACGAUACGACGACCCAAAACGGGACGACGAUCACUGUCGGAGGAAUGCAACGUUCAGCUGACGGAAAUGACGUUGUUAAUUUGUCACGUGUUCCAGAAGAAUCAGAGGAGAACACCCCUAUGUUAUUUCAAAAUGGCGUGUCGUGAGUACAGGUGUGACCUUCAAGUACGUUGUUGACUCGAGCUGUGAUAAGGACGAAAAGAACACUGAAACGUCUUCGCAAUCCAGGAUAGAAGUGUGUACAUUCUUCGCGCAAUCUGAGAGGCGUGGAGUAAAUGUUGAAACAGCACAAACAUUUAGUAAGGUAAUAACCUACUAAUCUUACAAUAGAACUCCAGAUUGUGUACAUGUGGUGCACCGAAGGAUAUUGAUAUAUCUAUCCAUAUCCCUCUCAAACUUUGAGUAGUAUACUCAUUCAGUACAUACAUAUCCUGGCCCCAUGUCUGAACCGGAAGUGUACAUAUGUUGAAUCUGUUCGUCUACCCGUUGGCGGUGAUUGCGUCCAUUUUGUUUUAUCACUGUGUAAUUUACAGGAUGCGUUGUCACACACUGCUCAGCAUGUAGUUGCUGUUAUGUCGUGGUUGACUCAUAUGAAACUACAUUAAAUUUCUCAUACCUGAUUUCACAGUGGCGACCAUGUCACCUCACUAUAUACAUUUUCCUCCAUGACAUAGCUUCGCCAUGUUUUACAAGGGUCAUAUUAGCAGGAAGUAUAACCCAAAAUGUUGUCAUUAUUUCUUAGCUUGACGUGUGGUUUGUUUUUAGUCAUUGUGAAGUGUACAACCUGGACGCUACUGGCUCUUUAGAUGGCGGGACAGAACUUAACUGAACGUGUCUUACAAGUAAACUAUAAGUAAGCAUGAUAAACUGGUUUCUGCGAUAGUAAUAUGUACCAUUUAAACGAGAGUACGAAACAGUUGUUUGACUGCAUCUCUCAAAUAAUGAAGACUUUUAUAUUCCACUAUAUUAUACUCCCCCUCUGAUGUUCUUAAUAUCAAGCCAACGUUGAUGUCACAAUAUUUGUAACCUAUUUUCAGACAGAAGAGGCAUGUUUACAGACACAGAAACUGUCAUUUUAAUUUCUCACCCCCCAAAAAUGACGCGUUGGCAAAAUACCACAUACAUGGGUACCCAAUUGCGACAAUUGGCGAUGUUGACGGGUUGAUGACAUGACCCGAAAUGCCGACAUCAUUGUGUUUCUCCUGAUUCGGUGACCAAACGCUUUUGAUGUCUGUGACGUCACUGUGGACAUUCGGUUGCACAGAUGGAUAAUGCGCAGAUGAUCGUCAUCUUGCUGGGUGGUCGCUGUCAGAUGUUGGCCAGUCUGGGUGACUCGUCCCAUUUGUCUGAUCAUGGUCUGCCUGGUACAGCGAAACGUUCUGGCAAUAUUGCUGUUAGAAAACCCUAUCUGCUAUAUUCGUUCUCGGUCUCCUGCUGAUGAUCUUGGCCGUUAACAGGUAUAUCACUAACCAUCUCAGUCGCCUGUGUUUUAUAACAGCACGUGCCUAUCAGGAAGGUGCGAUUUAAUAAAAUCAUGGUUUUCAUGAUAACCCAGGCACGUAGAUGUCGUGUCAUCAGGGACCCAAGGAUACAC